GCAGCCUGGCACUGUGGCGGAAAAUUGCGCAGAACGAGGUUGUCUCUCGUCGGGUGCGAACGCGUUACGGUUUAUAAUAGAUACGCGGUAGGAUAGAAACACCGAGGCUUUUUUUUCUUCGACCCUUUGAUUGUUCGAUCACGUAGAGGAAAUUUAUUAGACCGUUGUUUUCCGUGCAUUUUCGAAACAAGUAAGAGCGAACAGGAAAAGCCGUAACUCGCGUAGUCGUGGGAACAGAGAGAAAGUAAUCGAGAAGAAAAAUGGCAGAGGACAAGAACGAGACGAGCCCGAGCGCAGAGGGUGAAAAGUCACCGCAGGAAGCGGCACCGGCUGAGAAGCAAGAAAAAGAAGAACCGACAGAAAGCAAAGAGGAACAGAAGAAAGUUGAGGAGAAUGGCGACGGUGAGAAACCCAAGGAGAAUGGCGAGGAGAAACCCACGCCAGAGCCGAAGGACAUGCGGGCGAUAGUACUGAACGGUUUCGGCGGACUGAAAAGUGUCAAGGCUCUCAGGAAGCCUGAGCCCUCCCUCGGCGAGGGAGAAGUCCUUAUUCGAGUCAAAGCAUGUGGACUAAACUUUCAAGAUCUGAUGGCCAGACAGGGUGCUAUCGAUUCCCCGCCGAAAACUCCUUUUAUUAUGGGGUCCGAGUGCGCAGGUGACAUCGAGCAGGUCGGCGAGGGCGUGGAGAAUUUUAAAGUGGGCGAUCGAGUGGUCGCGCUUCCUGAUCACAAAGCGUGGGCGGAGCUCGUUUCAGUGCCGGCGACGUCCGUUUUCGCACUGCCUUCAGGAAUGAGCUACCUCGAUGCCGCAGCGAUCACUAUGAACUACACCGUUGCUAACAUUCUGCUUUUCGAGCUGGCCAACCUGGCACCUGGAAAGAGUCUUUUGCUUCACAGCGCCGGCGGCGGAGUGGGUCAGGCAGUGGUCCAGCUCGCCAAGACCGUGAAAGACGUGACCAUCUUCGGUGUAUGCAGUAAAUCGAAACAUGAGGCCCUAAAGGCUGCCGGCACUAUCGACCACCUCUUGGAACGCGGCACGGAUUACUGCAACGAAGUCAGGAAGAUCUCCCCUGAGGGCGUGGAUAUAGUUCUCGAUUGCCUGUGCGGCGAGGAAUGCAACAAGGGAUACGCGUUGCUGAAACCUAUGGGGAAAUACAUCCUGUACGGAUCUAGUAACGUCGUCACUGGCGAGACAAAGAGCUUCUUCUCGGCUGCGCGAUCGUGGUGGCAGGUAGACAAAGUGUCGCCCAUAAAGCUCUUCGACGAGAACAAGACGCUCUCGGGGCUGAAUCUUCGCCACCUGAUGUACCAGCACGGCAGCCAUGCGUUUGUACGCCGAGCAGUGGAUCGUGUAUUCAGCUUGUGGAACGAGGGCAAGAUAAAGCCUGUGGUGGACUCGACGUGGGCCUUGGAGGACGUACCGGAAGCCAUGCAGAAGAUGCACGAUCGCAAGAACAUCGGCAAGAUCGUUCUGGACCCGAGUUUAGAGCCGAAGCCGAAGCCUGCGACGCCCGCCAAGGGAAAAACGAAGGACAAGAAGGCGGCCAAUCAGGAGGAGAAGAAAGCGUCGAGCGUAGAAUCGGAGGAGGGCGAGAAGAAGAAGGAGCCGGAGUUGACAAACGGAACGUCCGAAGAUAAAUCCGACAGCGAUUCCAAAGAGAAAGAAUCGAGCUGAAUUAGCGGCGGUAGCUGAUUCGAUUGUGCGUAUAUAUAUACAUAUAAAUAUAUAUAUAUAUAUAAAUAUAUAUAAAUAUAAAUAUAUAUAUAUAUAUAAGGCAAGAAGCAAAACUGGUAUCCCACAAAGAUCUAGAAUUUUCAGAUAAGUACUACUUCAUUAUUAAGAGGGUCAUCUACGAUUGUUGCCGCACGGGAAAGCCGAAUUUGAUCCAACAAUUGAUUAUAUAACGAUCUCGGAAAAAUCGCAGAUGACGAACUUCAUCUUCUUCUUAAAGAAACAAAAAUAGCAAACAGAAAUGAGAAUCGAGCGAUGCUUUACACAGGUUAAAUUGAAUAAUUUAACGAAUUGUCUGGUUUCAUCCGGGAUGUCGAAUUAGCUCCAGAAUCGUUUGCAUGCUUCUGUUCCCUUCCCAUCUGUUUGCUGCGCUGAGAGUUCGAGGGAAUCGUAAGUAAAAGUGGUGGAAAAAGAAUUAAAAAGAAAAAAAAAGAGUAAAAACGUGAAAAAAACAAAACGAAUAAAAAUAAAAUUUAAAAAAAAAAGACAACAAUCAUCCCUCGUGUGCGAACAAGAGGGAAACAAAGAUACAAACAAACGACAACCAAAUACAAAUAUCAAUUUCGACGCGGUCCACAGUAGUUUACAGAAUAUAAAAGAACUAUUAUUUUUAUUUUUUCACACUGACCAAAACGAAUUGAUUUCACAUAGAACGAACGCUUGUUGCACACCAGACUCGUUGGGCGGUCUGAUAAAAGAUAACAUUGCGGUUGGCCUUUUUUCUGACGUGUGUUUCCACGCUUUUCGUCUAACAGACUACUCGUACUUAUCGAAAAUAUUGAAAGUAAAGAAGAAGAAACAAGAACAUUGCGAAAUACCGCCCAACGAUCCUGCGCUGGCCAGCUAAUCGCUACUUUAUCUACUCGCAUUGACUACUAUUCGCUGCUGCGAUACAUAUAUAUGCAGUAACAUUUUACACUACUAUAAUAGUACCAUUUAUUGUAAUUUAAUAGAAUAUGGUAAUCUAAUUGAGCUUUGAGGAUGGGAAUUGCGUAGAGAAAGAAAGAGAGCGAGAGAAUGCUGCCCGCCUGAAAGCUGAAAGGAAAAGUGACUGCGUAGUACUUCUUUUACGCGUGUCUCUCUUCUUUUUUAUCGACUUUGAUUUUUUUUUAUUAACGAAUAUUGUCGCGAAACGCUAUAUUAUUAUAGCUUCGAAGUUUUAACGAUAGUCAAAUUUAGAGACGUUAAGGCACUAUCUUUGUACCAAGAUUCUUUGUAUUAUUUUUAGAUAUACUUGUUCUUAAAUUCUGUAAAGUCGACAAAAGUACUCAAUCCUAUGAUUGGUAUGCACCUUUAAAAAAAAAUGAAAUCUACAACUUUUGCAACGAUUUACCAACAACGCAUGUCCGUUACUUGUGCGUACUUUUUACCAUCUUACAUAGAAAAACAAGAGUAGCGUUACUUGGAACGACUUUUUAAAAAUAUUUUACCCUUUUGACGACGAUUCUAUCAGACUGACACCUCAAAUACAAUCUCCACUCGAAGUUGUCCCAAGAAUCGAGAAUCUUUUCGUAACCAGUACCUUCUAACGGUAGAAUGAACGAUGGGACAAUGUCUCAGUUUACGUGAAAUCGAGUACCGAUAUUUUUCGACGUAUGAUUGUGACUAUCGAGAAACCAUUUUGUAAACAAUCUUUUUAAUCUAUAUACAGUCGAGCGGUGAUCUGAACGAUUGCAUAAGAGAGGUACGUUAACGCAAUUGAUUUGUUGAACGAAUGUUCUAAUGGUGUUGAGAGAACGAAAAAAAAAAGUUAACGACGGAUAAUGCCGAUCCUCGUCGUCUCAUUUUAGGUGAAAUUCGAGAUUUUACCGCAAUCGACGAAAUGACGAGAAAGAUUUAAUGGAAAAAAAAAAAGAAAAUACGGAAACGGAAGAAAGAAAUGGCUCGGAAAAGAGCGCGUUGAUGCAGAGUGAAAUGCAUAUCUCUCCGAAACGGUUGGAACAAUUUUUAUGUAGCGCGGAUUCUGUUAGAAUUUGAUACUAGCUCUGUAUACCAAUAUAUCUAUAUUAUAAAAGAUCACUAUAACGAGAAGUUGCGGACGAGGGGGAGCUAUACAUAUUAUAUAUAUAAAUAUAAAUAUAAAUAAAUGAGUAAAUAAUUAAAGUAAGUCGACAACUUCUGUCGUCUUCGUGAGUCGUUGUUGGCCGACGCGUAAAAAAAAAGGUGUAAGAACUAUAAGAUUUAUUAACUAUAUAUUAACUACUACUACUAUUACUACUACUACUACUACUACUACUACUACUACUACUACUGCCGUAUCGAGUCUCUCAAUCCAACAGUACACGAGUACUUGUAUCGCAUCAAGAACGUUAUAUCAAUUUUCUGUAAACAAGAAGAAAAGAAAAAAGAAAAUGGCAACAUAGAAAUCGUAGGCGAAUAGAUAAACUCCGUGGAGAAAUGAUCGACUGUGGCUACAUAUUUUGAGACAUUUUUUAAACGCGUAUGAGUACAGGCUAAAGUAAAUUAAGUUCGAAACGACACAAGUUUCCUCCUCGCGAGGAACACGGUACACUUUUAUUCAUAUAAAACGCGACGAUAAACACAUCAUACUGUAUAUUUUAUGUAAGGCUUUAAAUGUUUCAUCAAAUAACUCUAUUAUAUUAUAAUAUAUCUAUA